UCAUCCCCGCCAACUCUCCGUAUCCAGUGGAGACUUUCGCAUAGCAGAACUGACUUGAUGGUAAUUGAUAGUGCUCCAUGACCAGCUCCUAGCUGCUCAGCAACACCUGUCGCACCCCCAACAAACGCGACCGCAGCCUCCCACGCAGCCUCAGCACAUGCAGCCCAACACAACGAGCCCCCGCGACCAGAACAAUAUCGAUCCUGCCAUCUCGGGAGCCUCAAUGCUGAGUGGUCCUCCGCAAACCCCACCUCAAGCUGACCCCUCGGGCCCUGAAUCGCCAAAGACAUAUGGCAAGCGGCCUUUGUCUACUUCCAAACGUGCCGCCCAGAACCGUGCUGCUCAGAGAGCGUUUAGGCAACGGAAAGAAUCUUACAUUCGCAAAUUGGAGGAAGAAGCAAAGGGAUAUGAACGAAUGGCAGAGGGCUACAAGGCCCUGCAGGCGGAAAACUAUCAGCUUCGAGAAUACAUUAUCAAUCUGCAGUCGCGACUACUUGACUCGCAGGGCGAGGUUCCGGAGCUUCCGGGGAAUAUCGACUUGAGCCAGCCACGCGAAGACAUCCCCAUCCCAGCACCCGUUGCUCCGGCCACAACGGCCUCCUCAGCCGCAUCGGCACCUUCAUCAAAUGCUGCUCAGCAGUCCCAGCCCUCUCAUAACCAGACCACUGGAUCUAAUGACGACAUGAACUCUCUAAAUCGGAUAGCCGUAGCCGGUCUUGGGAUGCGCAAACAUCCCAAUGAAGAGGCAAACUACUUGACGAAUAAUUUCCAGACCAAGCGCCCACGAAAUGACGAGAACCAGCAAGAUGCAUCGGAUGUGACAAAGGCGGAGCCGGCGCAUGGACUGCCGCUUGUCUCAUGAAGUGAACUUGAUAUUGUAUCUUUUGUUGACAUGCAUCAUUAGUUGUGCUUGUAUCUCUGAAUACAACAAACAAUUCCCGCACUGUUGAUUAUGGUCUCUGUUUUCGAUCUUUAUCGUGUAUUUUUUCUGAUUUGGUUUGUGGCGUGAUUAUAUUCGGGCUUGAUUUUGACCUUGGUGUGGCCGGUGUUUUGCGUUUCUUGCGCUCGGGUUCGAUUCCAUUGCUAUGUUUGGGGCUUAGAUCCAGAGGGGAGGAAAGCAGAUAUUAUCUAUUGUCUGCGUUGAGCUAUGCUUCUUGUUCCUUCCAUACCUGACAUUCCGCUGUCCUUAUAUUUGUGCUGUUUUAUCAUUUUUGCAAAUUUCUUAUAUCAUCAUAUUGUACUCUGAUUAAGUCAUAUUACAAUAAGGGUUGCAAUUUAUCCCCCAGGUCCAAUGCGCGA